AUGUCUAUCCGUGCGCUUCGAGACGCCGAAAACGUCUUUCGGAUAGAGAAGCGAUGCAAGCUGUGUGAGCAAGCACCACUGUCCUGCGAGGGCAUCAAGUGCCCGGCCAACCAGGUCUGUGUCCAGAACUCGCGAACAUGCGACGAGUGCGCCUCCGUCAACUGCCAGGUCGACCCUACCAUUGCUCCCGCUGAGCCCAGCAAACCAAACGUCGGCGCCAUCGCCGGUGGUGUUAUUGGAGGUAUCCUAGUCGUCGCCAUUCUCACAUUCGUAGUUUGGAAGUACUGCCUCAAGGGCAAGAGGAGGCCCAUUUCCCAGCAGCCCGAAUGGAACGAUGUCGACGUUGUCGAGCAAGAAAAGGACAACGACUUCGAGUCGCGCCGCAGCGCCCGCGCAUCCACACACACCGUCGCUUCCAUGGCCUCGUCCGUCCUCACUCGCGCCUCAAACAUUAUCCAAAUCGCCUACAUUCCCGGCGUCACCAACCGCUCGGGCAACCCCGGAUCUCCCGACCUGCUUGUUCCUCCCGUCCCUCCGAUCCCCUCCAUGUCGCCUUCAUCGGGCAAGAGCAGCCCUUACUCGUCUGCCGACCAGCACUUCUUCGUCCCCGACUUCCGCGACUCCAUGAUGUCUUCUAGCACUGCCGGCCGCACCAGCAUCGCACCCAGCCUUGCCCAACGAGGCAGUGUCGCAUCCACCAUGUACCGCCAGAACGCCAUUGUCUCUCCACUUCCUGCGCAGACCAUUGUGCGUGGCAAGGCCGCCGUUGUUAGCGUAAAGUCGACGGGAUCAAACAGCCCAGGAGAAACACCCACCCAGACACCACCAGUACCAUCGAUCGACCCCAAGCACUCUCUCAAGCCCAUUCGCAUCCAAAUGCCCGGUAUCAGCCCAGCCAACUCUGUCCGUAGCACCGCCCAGCUCGGUCCGGUCAAGGCUCUACAUAUCACCAAGAAGAAGAGCUCAGAGAUCACGCCACCAAAGAGCUCAAGCUCAACCACGGAUACCGAACGAACCCUAGUCAACACACCCGAACGUCGCGCCUCGGCCGGACGACCUCUUACUGCCAGCUCCACGCUCUCAUCCGACGAUGGUAGGGAACACUCGCGCGCACGCAGAGGAAGCCUGGCAUCAGACACUGAAGACGAGGAGGACGACCACACACGCGCAAACCAGACACUCCUUAGCAAAUCACCCAACCGUGAUUCCGAUGUCACCGAAUUCCAAGACACAACUCCCCACAUGGACAACAGCCCCUUUUCCGACAACUCAUCGCUCGAUAACGCCCGACCCAUGAUGUCUCAGCGCAUCACAUCCUACGACCCGUCGUCUGGCCUCCGCACCCCAAUGACACCCAUUGUCGAAGAAUCAUCCGCUUCGAAGCGAGGCAGCACCAUCUCCAACCGAAGAGAUACCAGUCCCUUUGCAGACACCAACCGAAGUGAACUGUAA